AUGGGCGGCCAAAGCCGGAGAAGGACAGCAAUUCCCUCGAAGAGCUUCGGAGACCUUCGGCGCUUGCGACGAGUCCAACAGCGCAUCGCUGCUGCCUGGGACCACGGCGGUAAAGCCUCCUCCGGGCGGCAGCCCCAAGAACACCUGACCCUGGAAGGGACCUGCCUGCACCGGCUGCCCGAGGAGGUCCGCUCCCUGCUGCACCUGCGGGCCAUCAACCUCUCCCGCAACCGCUUUCGGCACUUCCCCGAGCCCCUGACCGCCGUCGGCACCCUCGAGACCAUCGAGCUGGAGGAGAACGAGAUCACAGCGAGCAAAGAGGAGCCCUAA